UGAAAUUUUGGGGCAUUUGUGUUUUUUGCUUUGGGAGCGCCCGCGCUUGCUGCCGAGCUUGACGGGAUCGUGCGAGGCAGUGGAAAUUCUGAGAGGAGAAGGUAUGAUCUGGAGCUGAGCUGCUGAGGCCGCUUAAUGUUGUCACUUGAGGAAUGAAUGAAAAGAAUUCUGCGAGUGUCGAAAAGAAUCAAACGGGGAGCCUCCCUACUACCAACAUCCAGGACAUUCUACGACAAUCACAGGGAUCCAGAGGAGAAAAAGACAGUGUGUGCGAUUCUCGAUCCUUCACAGCAGCACUGCAGCAGCCACGGGAAGAACUGGAGAGCAGGGACUGGAAAACACUUAGCGUUAAGCUUCAUACGGAAUUUUUGCGUUUCACGCAUCAAGAGAGUAGCGAAACUUUGACAUCCAACUCAAAGCGUGAUUUCUCUUUGUCAACGAGCAAAGCUCCUGAUCAGCUUCAGAGUUUCUAUUACAGGAGCUGACCAAACGCUCGGCCUCUGCCCAAACGACAAGUCAAUCGAUAUUGUUGAGCUGUGGUUUUGGCUGUAUCUCUCAUGGAAAACUUCUUUGAACACUCGAGGUAUCGUGCUGCCAAGAACAAAGAUUGAUGGAAGAUGUCGAUGGCUUUUUUCCUAUUAGGGGUCUCUGAUGAACAAGCACGUAGUUGUGUGACUGGAGCGUCAUCGUCUCUGUGCGUUUGUGACAAUCGUCGCUCGUAACUAGACGCUGCUAACAGCUACGCGGCUACAAAGUACACGUUUCGAGGCCUGGCGCAAACACUGAGCUACGACAUCCGGGUGAGCUUGAACUGUCCUAGAUUCGCCGACACGGCACUGCUACACGAUGUCCGUGUGCCACUACCAUCACAGAGACAGGAGUCCGGCCAGGGCGGUGGAGGCGAUCAAAACUUGGUUCUAGUGCUGGAGGCUGCUUGGGCGAUCGUCAAACUCCAAGUGAUCAUCACGGUUCUCAAGUUUUAUAUUCUUCGGACAAUGAUUUUCUCGAUCCAUCCAUGCUUAGGUGGCCAAGCAAAGUGAUCCUCGUGGAUAAGGAUGCUUUGGACGCUUGCAACUUAAAUGUUCCUUGUUCUUUGAGCAGGAAUAGAUCCAAAAGUUCUUGACAGAUCACCGUCUUACCGGCAUCUCCUGACAAGUGUCUUUGUGAACGUGGCACGGCAGCACUGAUCUAAAUCCUUGGGACUAAACUGUAGCGAAGAACUCUCUGUUUUAUCGUAGGUGAUCGCCAAAAUGGGUGGCAAAUCCAGCAAAAGCAAGCAAGAUGCGGCCGAGAACGCGAAUUCGCCACCGCCAGGCGACGAAGAUCCCUCCAUCCACAUGGAUCCCAACAGCAAACUCAGAGUAAGAUCACCGGAUAGACCCAUUCCAAAGUAUGAUCAAGAACCACCGCAGCAAACCGAGGGGGCCUCGGAUGAUUUCCCAGUGGACGCCGAGGAGGAGCGCGAGCUCGUCGCUGGCGAGGAGAGAUUGGUGAAGAUUAGUCACUCCCUGGUGCAUCUCAUCGACAAGGAGCAGAGUGUGCUGUUGGCUUCCGGUACGUUUUCUCUCGUCCGGCUCACGCAAAAUGGGAACGAGGUGGCCGUGUUUGCGCGAGUCGGCAAGAAGUUGCAAUGGCCGGUUCUCAAGGACGAGGUCGUCACCAAGCUUGAUGCUGGGCACUACUUCUUCUCGCUCAGAGUUGAUCCAGACGAUCACACCGAUCGCGACGAUAGCCAUAGCGAAAGAGAAAAUCCUUCCAAGAAGGUGAGCGUCGAAAACUUGAGCUAUGGCGUGACAUUCAAGGUGAAAGGCAACGAGGAGAAGCUAUCCAAGCUCGAUGAGUUGCUCAAGAAGUAUACUUUCUUCUCCAAUCCCAAGAUGAUGCAAGGCGACGAAGGGGAGAUCCGGGAGAAGCUCGAGACGGAGGGGAUGAUCAAGCCGGACGAGAUCCAAGGCCAGGUUUUGGUUCCUCCUCCCAGCCUCGCGCAGGACAUGAACAAGAGGCCAUCCGAGACGAAGUCGAGAUUGUACUGGACCGCCAUAGCUCCAAACGUGGAGGAUUACAACAGCAGCAUUGCGAGAGGAGUGGCAACCGGCACUGGUCACGUAAUUCGAUCCCUGUUUUGGUGCAGUAACUCCACGGCGGCCCAACUUGAGAAAGGUGGCGAGUAUGUCAAGAAGCACACCAAAGCAGCUAAGAAGCCCGUGCAACUCAGUCCCACGACGAUGCGAAACAUCAAAAGAGUGCGAAGAGUUACACAAAUGUCCGAGAGAGUUGCAAGAGGGAUCUUGACAGGAAUUGUGACUGCAACUGGAUAUUUCACCAGCGCCGCGGUGACUUCGAAAGUUGGGAAGAAAGUCUUCAAGAUGAUGCCCGGUGAAGUCGCUCUUGCAUCUCUGGAUGCAUUCAGCAAGGUGUUUGAUGCAGUGGAAAUGGCCACCCAAAACAUUCUAUCUACUGGCACACUGAUCACAACCGGAGUGGUGGCUCAUAAAUUUGGAGAGCAAGCCGGGGAAUUUACUCACGAAGGGCUAUCUUCGAUUGGGCAUGUGUUGUCGACUGCUUGGGUUGUUUCAAAGAUCAGAAAGGCCAUCAACCCAAAAGAGACAAAGCCUUCAACCAGAAGCAUGGUAAAAAAUGCGGCUGCAAAUGCCAUAAUGAGGAAAAAAUAGGCCAUUUAUCUCAUAACAUCAUUGAAAUAAAUCUUGUAUUAUUUUGUA